UUUUAAUUGUUCAAACAACACGGAAAUUUCUAACAUUGGCUUUUAAUUUAUUUCUUAAAGAUUUACUUUUAGCACAUUUUUAUGGUUUUCUCUUUUUUAUCUUUUAAGAUUCGCCAAUAAUGGUUUCUUGCCAAGAUACUAAACUCAUCAAACAAAAAGUGGAAGCGCACUAAACAAAAUUAAAUAAUUUAUAUAAAUGUUUUCAAUAUUAAUUUUAUUUGUAUACUGUAUGCGCCCUUUAGAAACAGCUGUAGAAAAUGUGCAUCGCUUGGCGUAUAUCAAUGGAUUGGUAGUGCCUUUGCCAGAAUACGAUCAAACAACACCAUGGUUGCAACAAUUUACACAAUGUGCCAAUUAUGAUAUUCAAUACUUUUCCAAAGAUUGUCGUAUGGGGGUUUUAAAGGAAUACCAUCGAGAUGCUUGUAUGGGUGAUUUUCACACAGACGCCACACACCCACUCGUGGGUGAAUUUCUCAGCACUAAGGGAGCUGGACUUUAUCUGCUUCAAAGCAAGAUUAAUCACAGUUGUGUACCAAACGCUCAUUCGAUAUUUCCUUAUACAAACGAUGUAGUUGUGUUGAAAAGGUUAGCAUCUGUACAAGUUGGUGAAGAAAUUUGCAUUUAUUACUUGAGUGAAUGCCAGCUAGAGCGCAGCAGACAUUCGAGACAAAAUGUAAAUAAAUUUGUUGAAUUAACUAAUUAA